GUGAAUGACAACGAUCAAGCAUCAACUUAACAUUGAUAGUUUGUAAACAUUUAUAUGAAUUUUGCACCACAUAUUAUAUGCAAUGUCUGCAAGGUUGAGGAGUCCAGUAAGGGACAAGAGAAUAAUAGAAUUGGCGGCUGAAAUUGCUGAAACUAAAGACAGAGGUGUCCCGGCGAUUCUAUUAAACUUGAGAGAAAUCCUUGCAUCAGCACCAAAAGGAAGUAAGGAUGGGAUUCGAAUAAGAAACGAGUGUUGGGAAUUUAACAUUCUGCAAGUGCUGGUUUUGGUUCUGAAACAGGAUUUCAGCAUUGUGGAUGGUGAUUGGCAGACUGCAGCAGCACUAGCUGCCAUUCUCAGUCAAAUAUGCCUUGGAAUCGACCUUGGAGAAGAAUCUCAGAAAUCAAAGUUCAGCGAAGAAUAUCUUCCUGAAGCAAUCAAUAAUCUGUUUUUAGUCACAAGGAGGAUACAAGCAAGGCAUGGCAAUAUUCCUGACAGACCAAGUCUUCAGAAAGACAGACAAAGACUGAUGAUGUGCUACAAGGGAGUUUUAGAAUCAGUGGCUCAGAUAACAUAUGGCUACCCCGAAAUAGCAUCAGACGUGUUGGAGAGCCCGUGGCUGCUCCAGUUGCUGAUAUCUGAUGACCCCAGUGCAGUCUCAGGAAUCAUGGAACUUCUUCCCAAAAUUCUACGAUGCAACAAAAAUAUUAUCAAUGACAUUGAUAAGAAACUAAAGUUCAGCAUCAUGGAUGAACUCGUUUACAAGCUUUCUGUCAACACAGAUGCCAGUAUAGCAUCGUCUGCCACAAAGUGUGUCUUAAAAAUCUGUGAUAUACACAAGCCAAUGAUUGAUGUUCUGUGCACCAGAUACAAAGGAUUGCGACCCAUACUGAACAAAUGGGAAAAUGCCGGUUUUGGAAGGGAUUUACGAGAAAUCACAAUGAUGCUACAGGCCGGAAAUGCCAGACAAGCAGAAACUGAUAGAUUUGCCAGAGCUGCCACAAUCAUUCAGAUGAUAUGGAGGGGAUUUAUCACCAGGAAAAAACUGCGUAAAGCAGACAAAGCCUUCUCAAAAUUCCAGAACACCUACAGGAGACGACAAAUCGUAAUGGAACGAAGGAAGGAGGAGGCAAGAGAAGCCCUGGAACUUGAAAGAAAACUGAAACUUAACAGACAAAAGAUAAUGAGAGAGUUCAAAGAGAGACAAUUUCACACCAUUGAAAUACUGCCAGCGGUUCAUGUUGAAAAGUAUAUCCAGAAUGAACAGAUUCAGGCAGCCAUUAAAAUUCAGAAAAACUGGAGGGGCCAUCACUCUCGCCAAACCAUGGAUGAGAAAAGGGUCAUGGUUCAACGCUAUAAAGCAGCCGUUAUUGUCCAGAGAGGGGUUAGAAAAUGGCUGGAAAAUGUUAGAAAAAAGAAAGAAAGAUUUCAGUUCACUAUAAAGCCUCCAGGGUUGACAGAAAACAGAAGGGUUGAGUUACAGCAACAGAUAACACAGCACAGAGAGGAGAAUCCGUCUCAAUAUACCAAGCGAGAGGAUUUGCAAAAAAUCCACAAAAAGGCAGCAGAUAUGUUACAAAGACAUUAUAUAACACUGAAAAGUACGAGGGAGAAAAAUGCACAAAGAGAAGCUCUAUUAGCAAGACUGGACACAGAUUCUGAGCUUCUGUCAUUGGCACCACCUUUAAAGAAUGCCGGAGAAAAAGACGUAGAAAUGUAUUCUAGUAACUUGUUACCGGUAGCAACCAAGGCCAGAACUGAUCACAUAGAAACAUUACGCUUAUUGCGACAGCCUUGGUGGAAAAAACUCCGAGAUGAGUUACAGGAUCAAGAAUAUGAAGAGGAAGACUACAUUUUAUUUUAGAAUUUUAAAAACUGUGAUACAUGUAUUUGUUUUUCAAGAUGUGAACUUGAAAAUAAUCAAACCUUUCCAUGGACCACAUGGAUCAAGUCGUGAGAUUGUUGGAUUGCAAUCAUUGUGGAAGAAAAGCACAGAGUUUAAAGUUACCAUCAGUAUUUUUAUUGGGCGAAGAACAUUACGUUUAAUUUUGCACGAAUUUGCAUACAUGUACCUAUAUUGAGUAUUGAUGUAGCAUUUAAUUGCAUGAAGGAAAGAUGGACAUUUUCACUAUUAUAUUAAAGUGAAAGGCUAUAUAUUUAUUUAAGAUACUAAAUGUCUAAUUUUAGUAUGAUUAAAAAUUCAAUGAA